AUGAACGGAAGAGGCAUUCCAAAGCAAUACAUGAUCCUAGCCCAACGGAUCUACCGACAUCACGGAGUCACGCCUCAUCAACACCACCACCGCUUGACGACUCCUGGGUCGCCCGCCAAGCUUACGAUCCCUGAGGCGCGUGCCCCAGCCGGGCUCAAAUCGGAAGGCUGCUCUGUAUCCUCUGUGCUCAUCAAGUGCCCGCUGUUAAGGCUUGUCUCGUGGAUCCGGAUUGAACCGCACGCCGUGCCACAGGACCCUCCCAAGACUCAGACUACCGGUAAGGCUGCUCUACCGUGCGAAGCAAGUAGUUCUAGCCUGCGCCUCAAUCGAACCACACAGCGGCCUCUCCGGCCGGGGGUAAAGUCUGGGGAUACGAGGCGCAAGUUUCCCUCGCAGCCACAGCUCCGCCCUUCCCGCUGGUGGCGCACCCUAGGAGCGGGUGAUGUGAGGAGUAACCCUGUUCUUCUUGUUGAGGGUGUGCCGGCGUCAAACCGUAUCGUGUUGUACUCUGUCGUCCCCCCUCAUGGCGUGCUCGGUGUUGUGGCGGCAAGUGGCCAUUGCCCCGUUUCGGGGAGGUACAUGAUCGCGCAAUGGCGAAUUACAGCCCCAGGCAUCGCCGCGCUGGAGUUGAAUGCCGGCCGCCAAGAUAUACUGCUAGGCCCAAAGCGGCAGGAGCAGACGACCUUCGAUAGCGACAUCUCACGAGACUGUGACACUGAACUUCAUGGCCACACUACUGACUACCACCAUGCCAGGGUCCUCCGGCGAGGCCAGUCGGGCAAAUGCGUUCUCCGGGCACUCAACGGCCUGUCCAAGGUCUUCCCUUGA